UUUGUUGUCUUUCAAUUAAUGAAAUCGAAUUUCAUUUUUUAUUUUUAUGCUCUAAAUUUUUAUCGAAUAAAUUUUUGUUAAUUUAAUCACUCUAAAUAAUAUGGCUGGACUUAAAGACUUGUUGUAUUGGCGUUUCUUGGUUCGGUUGGAAUGACCUUGGUCAUUCUUAGUUGUGCAUCACCAACAUUUGGAGCUGUUUGGUGGCCAUUUUUUGUUGUUAUAUUCUACUUUUUAUCACCAAUACCUGUAUUGAUUGCGAAUCGUUAUAUGGAAAACACUAACGUAUAUUCUUCCGCAGCCAAAGAUGUGGCUCUAUUUUUUACGGCCAUUAUUGUCAUUUCAGCAUAUGGUUUACCAAUUGUAUUGGCGCGAGCACCGCCUGAAAAUCCUACGAUUGUACCAGGCGCUUGUGUUCUUGUAUUACUGGGCAACACAGUUGUCUUUCUAACAAUUCUUGGAUUUUUCUUCUCAUUCACUAACGACGAAUCGAACAGAAUGUUGUAAUAUUUUUUCUCAAUGCGAUUUUUCCGAUUUCAAUAGGAAAUCUCACAAAUGAUAACCAAAUGAAUCAUUUGAUAUAAAAUAUGAAACCAAGCAUUCAAACUCUUUAUUAUAUCUAUUCAUAACAAUAACAAACAUAUUUGGCAUUGAUUUUUUUCAAUUCUGGUUUUAGUGAGAAAAAAAGGUCUCAAAAAUUUUCAUCAUUUUAUCCUCCAAUUUAAACCAAUUAAUCAUUCGAAUAAAAAAUUAUAAUUUU